AUUAUCGAUUUUAUUAUGUAACAAGCUUGAAUUCAUUGAUUGAAAAAUACCAUUUGGUCUGUAACUAAAUUACAAUGGGAUCGACAAAAGCACUUAAUAACGAUGGAUACAAUAAAAUGUAUCAUCGGGUAAGACGAAAAAUGAGACUUGUCGUAUGUGCCAUAUUACUAUUAGUUCCAAGUUCACCAGCUCAUGACAACACAGCGCCGCCGACUCAAAGCACAGAACCGGUCGACGACAACUAUGAGAACAAUAUCAUAGAUUUUGAUGAAGAAUACUCCGUGAAAUUCAACAAGAGAUAUGGAGCCAUACCCUGGAAUUCUAAUAAUCAGAAGUACUCCAAAGAAUCCCACAGAUACACGAUUGUCAAUGAACAGAAGAAGAAUAACAAGCAAAAUGAAACUGAGAUACAUAACAUGAAAGAAAACCUACAAAUUAUUAGUGAAACCACUGAAGCAGAUUUUAGUGUAAUACCAUUAGAACUUGUUAGUACAACUGAGAAUUAUUUAGUUAGUAUUGUAGAAAGUACCACUGAUCCUGAUUUGUCCGUCAUACCUCUAUCGACUACUGUAAAGAAUGUGCCAAAUGUGCAAAUUAAUCUAACUGUCACGUUGCCUUCUUCGACACAAGAUACUGAAACCACAUACACUACGGAAAGCAUUCCAACUACUUCUGAUAGUAAUAUAAAUAUUACAACAGUUAUAGUACAAACCACGACGUCUUCUAACUUAAGUACGACUACCAAUGAGCCAAAACUAUUAAAUGAAACUUCAGAUGACUCAAGUAUAAGUACAGAAAGUCCUUCUACUACAACAAGUGUCAUUACUACAGGAACAGAUUUUGAUUUUGAAACUUCAGCUACUUCUGUUGACACAGAAAGCACAACUGAAAAAGUGAAUGUUACAACAGAAAUAACAAAAUCCAAUGUAACACUAGAAGCAGGAAAUGUAACAAUAGCCAAAACAAAUCUAACUUUGACAGUUAACGUAACUAACGCAAACGCAACAAUAGCAAAUCAAACCGAUGCUCUGAAAGUAAAUUCGACUAAGAAACCUCGAUUCAACAUAGACAGCAUAGAAGUGGAUGAAAAAGAUGUGCCAAUCUUCACUGAGCUUGACUCAGAAGAUGAGGAAGUUCCAGAAGAUUACUACGAUGGAAAAGACGUGAUUCCUACAACAGCCCCCAAGACUAACGCUAUAUCGGUAUUAGUGGGUCUGGCUGGGAGUGUGGUGGAGAGUAUGGUGGAAUCGGUGGCGGAGAGGGUAGUUCCGAAGGGGAUAUUCGAUUUGUUCAAGAGGAUGCAGAAACAGAACGAGCAGCUGGAAGCAGAGAGGCUGAGGAGUCGAGAGGAGAAUGGAGGAUUGGGUCAACUUGGUCGGGGUAUCCUGAAGAGCAUCUCCUCAGGGCUGAGCAAACCCUUCACCCAGUUAAUGGCGGGUGCCCGCGACAUCGGCUCCUUAGACAGCGACCGCGGCUUUGUCAGCAGCCUGGCUUCUGGAGUCACCAGUGUCGCCAACGUCGCCAACUCCUUGUCAGAUGCCUUCAAGGAUAGAGUGCAGGCUAUUUACCCAGGAACGGUGUGGUGCGGCGACGGCCAUUCCGCCACGGCGCGCUCGGGCGAGCUGGGCCUAUUCUUCUUCACGGACACCUGCUGCCGCCAGCACGAUGCCUGCAAGAUCUACAUCAAGGCCGGCGACACCAAGUACGGGCUCACCAACACUGGACUGUUCACCAGGUCGCACUGCAGCUGCGACAUGCAGUUCCGCGAGUGUCUGCGGCGCACCAACUCGCUGGUGUCGGCGCAGAUCGGCCUGACGUACUUCAACGUGCUGGGCCCGCAGUGCUUCAGGAAGGCGCACCCUAUCGUCAAGUGCGUGAGGAGGACCAGGAUAACAGGCCAAAAGUGCGAGGAGUAUCAGCUGGACUACACCAAGCCGAAGAUGUGGCAGUGGUUCGACAACGAGACCUUCUGAGUGGCGCCAUCUACCUCACAUUCGAGGCUAAAUUGGCGUUGUUUGUACAUACCUUACUUUUUUAUUUCGUUCUACAGAGAACAGACUAAGGUAUUUGUUGCAGGGCAAGAAUCUUCUGUGAAGAAUAUUCUGUGACGUAGAAAGAAUAAAAUAUCAACCCUUUGUUCAGUGCAGGACAGAUAUCGAGAUUAUAUUAAAGCUAAAUGAUAAUAAACUUACAAAAUCUAAUAGCCUAUCCGCUGAAUUACGAAUCUCUCCAAUACUGAAUCUGCUCUGCACCGAACAAAGAGAGAAAAAUCUGCUUAAAUGUUCCAUGGAGAUUUUUUUAAAUAUUUGCUGUGACUUUCAAGUGUGAAGAGACUGGCGACAUCUAUUGGCAGACAGGUAAUUGUGAAAGUACAAUCGCGUUCAUAACGCUUAUCAUUUUGUGAUUUAUUUAUCAAAUUAUACGUAUUCGUCAUAUUUAUGAUAGUACGAGAGCCCACGACCAAAAUUUUUGUCUCAUAGCAAUACGGCCAAAACCGCAUCAAAUCGAUAGAUACGAUUAUCCUGAAUUCGAAAAUACCAAUAUCAGACAUUUUCCGCGUAGCGUUUGAUCUGACCGAAUUUUCAAAAUUGUCAAAGAAUUUUACCGAACUGCAUCAUAGCAAUAUGUCUGAUUUGCAGACUGUAGUUGAAUGAUAGUUCUGAGAUACCGGAAACAUUAUUUUCAGACGUUAGUGGUGUAGCGCAAACCCGUAAAAUCACUUAAAAAAAUUAAAAAUCAGACAAAAAAAUGUCUCAUAGCAAUACGUCUGAAAAUCUUUUUUAUUAGUAAAUUUUGGUUAUUUGAUGCGAACAAAACAAUUUUCAGACGGAAAUGUGAACGCAUUAAAUUUUGAGACCGUUUUGAAAAAGUUAACAAAUUUUACCGAUCGGUAUCAUAGCAAUAUGUCUGAAAAUUGUUGGACAUGAUAAAAUAAGUUGUCCACAUGUGCAAAAAAUUUAUAUCAGACACAUUAAGUGUAGCACCUUCUCUAUCAUACAACUUUUUGAUACACUUAAAGUGUCUGAAAACAGGUUUUUGGUAAUCAUGGCAGCAAUACGAAAAGUUGAAAAAAAAAAUUAUCCGUAUUGCUAUGAUACAGGUCGGCUAAAUUUGUUGACAUUUUCAAAAAUGCGCUCAGGCUAUAUGCUACGCGCAAAAUGUCUGAAAACAAACUUUUUCGUAAUACAAUUAUAAAAUCUAUGUACAUUUUCACUAUCAGACAUAUUGCUAUAAUACCGACUGUCUUUUUUUUUGACAUAGCAGAAAUGGCCUCCCACGCAGUUGCUACACUUUCGACCGUUACUACACACCUAGUCGGGUUCAGAAUCGUACAAUCUAACGAUUUUAUAGGGUUUUUGCCGUAUUGCUAUGAGACAUGGUUUUGGUCGUGGGCUCUCGUACUAUGACGAGUAGUUGAAGUUGCUGAAAUAUUUUUACAGUGUUCGUGUAUAUUUUUUCAGAACCGUUGUUCUAAAUUGUUACGUAAUAUUUAAAUUGCAGUAUCAAUUAAUAUGAUACGUUCAUAUAUUUUUAUACUAUUUUAAUUAGUUCUUAUUAAACCAACGAAAAUAUUUUUGACCAUAAACUUUUCGAUUCGUGUUAAAUUCAGUAGAGAUGCAUUUCCAUAAUUGGAAAAGAAAUUGGAAGGAAAAACGUAGUCAUUUUCGUUUCGAACUUAAAAUUCCAGAUUAUUUUGAGGUGUUCUAUAAAUACUCAAAGGUAUAAUAUAUUUUAUUGUACAUAAUAUUUACUUCUAAACAACAAAGUUACCAUACACCAUUAAAAAGAUAAAUUAUAUUUUACAUAGUUAGGAUUUUACAUAAAUCCAUAAGAUUUUAUUGAAAUAAAGCAAUAUUUUGUUAAUUA